UUGCUACGUUCCUUGCUCUGCGCUACGGAACAGUAACAAUGCGUGCAAAGUGGACAGUGCCAAAUGCCAACAGUAAAUGCUAAUACUAACAAUAACAAACGCACAAACUGCCUCUGCCUCAUCUUCUUUCCAUUUUCACUAGUUUGUUAUUUGUCACAGUCUGAGAGUCUGAGUCCACCACACAGAAAUUGAGAGGUGACUCUGCUUUUGAGGAAAUGGAGAAUCUUGAAUUCUUGAACAGUGAUAUUCCCUCUAAUAUCCUAUGUCGUUUGCCUUCAAAGACUCUUCUUCGAUUUAAGUGCGUUUCUAAAGGUUGGUACAAGCUUAUAUCCGACCGGUCCUUCAUCCAGAGUCAAUUACAAAAGCAAAAGCCUACCGUAUCGGGAUUCAUAUUCCAAGGGAAGUAUCAGUGGUGCAAUGAAGACAUCAGAACAGUUAGCUACAUUCCUGUUGUUGAAUCAGAAGGUGAAGGUGACAGUGAUGAAAAAGUGCAGCAAAAGGGGUUUGAUUUCCUUCCUGAGGAUGUAGUGAUGUUAGCAUCAUGCAAUGGGAUUGUAUGUUGCCGGAGUUGCUUUCCUGAUCAAGCUCAAGACCCUGCUGUCUAUGUGUGCAAUCCCUCAAAAAAGGAGUGGAUUAAAUUACAAUCAACUGCUGCACUUGACAAUCUUAGCACCAUAGGAUUGGCGUUUGACCCAACUCGGGAUCCCAUAGACAUUUCUACUAAAUUCAAACUGGUUAGAGUCAGGCAGUUGGAGACUGAGGAGGAGGACUUCUGCUAUACUUUUGAAGUAUAUUCAUUCGAAACUGGGGCAUGGACAAAAUCAAAUGAGAUCUGCCACUGCAAUAACAAUUUAGUCCAGAACAACAGUGUCUAUGUUGGAGGGAUUUUACAUUGGCGAACUGAUGGAGAUAAAGUGCUCACAUAUGAUGUAGAGAAGGAGCUAUCUUGGUUAAUUUCAGUACCGAUCCCCGCGAUGGAAUUUGAGACCAUCCCUCAGGCAUGCAUUGGAGAUUCUGAAGGGCGAAUGCAUUAUGCAAUGGUCUCUGAAAAAGGACUUCACAUAUGGUUCCUUGAAGAUUUUUUUGAAUCCAAAUGGACUCUCAAACACUCAAAAUCUCUGCAGGAAAUUGAAGAAGAGCAUCCGCGGUUUUACAAUCUGCAUCAAAGAGUGACGGAAGCAGUGACUUAUCAUAUGGAGCCAUGGAUGGUUCCAUUGGGGAUUAAAGACGGAUUGUUGUUACUUAGGGUGUCUACCAAGUUGUAUCUUUAUGAAAUUGAGACAUGCAGUGUGAAGCAAGCUUGUUCACUUUCUAAGUUGGGUCCACAUAUUAUGUUUUGUCCAGUGGUGCUACCCUACUCAAUGAGUUUGGUGCCAUUGAAUCCGCAUAGAGAGCUGCCACUCUAUUAG